GAGGGUUGGCAAGGCGACGAAGCAGCCACCUUUGUGGCAGAGCUGUGCGAACUGCCACAGUAUGCCGCCACGGCCAAUCGAAACUUCUCGCUGUCAUCCUUGCGGCAGCUGAAGCGGCAGGGAUUUCUCUCCAAAGGAUUGUCGCGGGCCGGCAUCUGCGAUUGGCAGCAUCAGAAGAG